AUGAGAGAAUCACUUAUAUUGCUAGUGCUGCUGCUGACGACCACAAGAAAGUCUCACGGGAUUGCAUAUUUGCCAGAGGAGUUGCAGGAAAGGGCACCCGACGAAUGCGUCGCCGAGUGCCGACGUCUUCACUUGGCUCAGGAUGAAGCAGACGAUGUUGGAGCGGAAGUGGGUUGUGGAGCACCAUGUAGAAUCGAUCACUGCUCUUAUGGCUGCGUCAUAUGGGAGCAAGCGCUCAACUCGAGCUGUCAAGAAGUUUGUAAUGGAACGCAUAGUUUGCUAUUUUAUAAGGAACUUUAUUGCACUAUUGGCUGCCAAAAUGCCCUUAACCAGUACUUUCAACAGUUAAAAGUUGACAUAGCAGUGGCACCAGCGCCAAGUCUAGUCGAAGAAUCCUUAGCAACAAGAUCACUAACGAUCAAAUGGGACAACAGUAUAUUACAACAGUACGACGAUAAAAUUUUAUAUUUUGCACAAUCGCGAAUCGAAGGUACGGACGGAAAAUGGCGUUAUUGUAACAAUCAGCAUUGGAAUGAAAACAAUCAAAUUUUCAUUUACAAUUUACAAUCUUUUACGAAUUACCGGUUCCGCUUGGCAAUACACUUAAAGUCGGCGCAACAAAACGACGACCGGCCAAUCGUCUCGCAAGCCAGCGACACGAUAACCACGUUUCCUGGCGGAGCGCCGAGUUCCGCUCCCGUAAUUAAUAAAGUGAUUGCCAUCGAUCACUUGAGAAUCUACGUCAACUGGAAGCCUGGCCCGUUUACCAGUGGACCUUUAUUCUCGUACGUUCUACGACUGCAACAAGAAGGCCACGAGACUUUUCAGUUGAGAGAUAUUCCAAUUUCACAAGAUGCAUUUAUGUUUCAAAAUCUUAAUCCAAGUACUAACUACACGGUGACUUUGACCAUGAGAAAUGAAGACGGCGAGGGACCAUCGACUUCUGCAAUUGUUCAAACAUUAUCCGAACCACAAGCCAACUCAUCGGGAAAGCCCGAUUUAAUAAUAAUAAGUGAAAAUUCCAUCGCUCUACAAAACGCGGAUACCCUCACUCCAGCUCAUCUCCUGUUCAACACUACAGAACUUAUUCGUGAUACCGCUCUUUUAAUUUCCUCGUCACAACUCUUCUUGUGUGACUCUAGUGAUAAAAUAUUCCGCGUAUCAAUCGAUGAAACUCAGGAAUCGGAAAUAAUCGAGCUUCUUGGCUCUAAUAGUACGGAUUUACGGCCAUGGGCCUUGUCUAUAGAUUGGCUUAACGAGUGGUUGUAUGUAGCUGGAGUGAACGAUGUAACUGGAUACUGGGAGAUUGCUAGAUGUGAUUUUGACGCUAAAAAUUUGACGACUAUCAUAACAAAGAUUGGAGAAGUGACGAGAUUGGAGGUGGAUCCUGUUAAUGGAUAUUUGUUUUGGAUGGGAAACGAUGGACUUUAUAGGGUAGAUUUGAGUAGGUUUGAUGAAGCUGGUCUGAAUGAGCCUGAACAAAUUUUACGAAAACAACAAUUAGGAGCCUUUCUUGUUGAUUAUACCCAUAGACGAUUACUUGUAGCUUACCAAACGGAAAACACUAUAAAGUCUGUUACUCUGGAUGGAAAAGUCGUUGUUGACGUUCGACUUAAUGCUAAACAACCCAAGUUCAAAAAAGUCAUUUCUCUAGCUAUACUCGAUGGUCUGUUUUAUUGGACUAACGGAGUUGAAAUUUUCACCGAGAGCUAUAAUUCUAACGACCAUCGAUACUUAUACAAAGGACUUUUCAACAGGAUUGGAGAAGACUUCGUAGGAAUUCACAUACUAACAUCAUCUGCUCAACCAAUACCUAUCCCGAUAAAUCCACCAACAAAUCUUCAAAUAUUAGCUCUGUCUCAAUCAGCAAAAAUAACAUGGAAUGAACCUAAAUUAUUGGAUGGACAAAGUCGAGGUGCUUGGCGUGACUGGUCAUACGCGUUGCUUGUCGAAGACGACAUAGAUGGUGAAUUGAUAAGAGAACGUGGUUUACGCGAUAAUGAACAUUUGGUAGACGAGCUGAGAGAACAUGCACUUUACAGUAUAAAGAUGGCUGCUUACUCAAGCUCUGGUGAUGGUCCUUGGUCACCGGAAUUCAAAGUCCAGACUAUCAAAAAAGAACUAGAAGCUUCAAUUAUCUGGGCAACAAACUCAACUCUUUUGCACAGUGACUUAACUGGAGAAAAUGCAAAAUUACUACUAAAUAAUACAGCAUUGGAGAAAGAAAAUUAUUUCUUUGCCACUGAUUUAUGUACAUUUAAAGACGUUCUAUACAUCGUAAGCAACAGCUCUAAGCUUUACAAACUCAAUACUACUAUGGGAAAAAUGAGCAAAGUUGAAUUCGUAGAUACUUUGUCGAACCUCGCUAUUGAAUGGAUAACAGAAAAAAUAUACUGGUGUGAUUUAAAAAAACAAACAAUUGUCAGAUCGUCGUUGAACGGAUCACAGCAAGAACCAGUAGUGAUCUCCGGCAUUGUCAGUAAUCUCCUGAUCGAUUCACUCGAGGCACAUGUCUACUGGUCGACAAGCCGUACCGUCGAAGUUACACGGCUGAAUGGCGAGGAGAGACGACGCUAUCGCGGCGAGGAAGACUUUGACGGACGUCACGUUGCUGGAUUGACGCUGGAUUUGGAGAAUAGGUUUAUCUACUGGAUCAUCGGCGAGACUCAAGACGAAUGUGCGCUGUACAGAUCGAUUACCGCCGAUAUGUUGCCACGUAACCACGACGUACUUCCCGAAUUGAUUUCAACAAUUCGUAGUGCAGUUGGUAAUUCCCUCACUUAUAUAUCUCAUCGCCUAUUCUUCCUCACCUCAGCUAACACCGUCAUGGUUACUGAUGUAUUCGGCAAGUACCCGGCAAUUCUGGCAAACUUCACAAAUUCGAAAACUCUAUUAGUCACAUUCACUUUAAAAACACCACAUCCAUCGCCACGACCACGCGUAAUCGUACGUCCGGAACCAAUAGAGAUUGACAGCAUUGCAAUUGUCGGCACCUGGCGAGAUUUUAACGUCACUUGGAAACCAGCUAGCAAUACGAAUUACGGUAAAGUGUUCUACGAGGUUAACUUUGCCGACGUAAUCAACGUUGACUCACCACCGAUAUCAACUACCGAAACUACGAUCAGAUACGCGAACGCUGAUAGAUUGUUGCCUUACUCGUUGCUGGAAGUCACUAUCAGAGCGUAUACGCAUUGGGAUUCAGCGAGUAGGGUUAGUCAAGUGCUUAGAUCUCCUCCAAGUGUACCUAGUCAGCCUACGGAACCGAGAGUUUUUGUGGAAAGUUUCAAAGAGCCGUUGUCUGAACAUGUUAAUUAUUUUGCUAUUUUUAGGUGGAAUAUGCCAGAAUUCCUAAAUGGACCCAUUAAAGGUUUUAGCGUGCAAUGCUGGAUUGUGAUCGAUCACGUAGAAGUACCAAUAUGUGAUUCAGUUAACCUGCCCGCAACUGCAUUCGAAUAUACAAUCGAUAGUCUUGAAGCGAAUACCACUCAUUAUUUUCGAGUUUGCGCAUAUGCCGAAGUCGGUGCAGGUCCUUACACCGAGACAAUAACAGCAUCGACGGAAAAUGAAAAUCCAAUACCUCAGCUUUUGGUAGCUGCACUCGACGAUGUAAAAAAAAUAGAUCUUGAUGAACGUUCGAACAUCACGAUAACUCGACACAUAGCUGUAGAAGUAGCUAACUUCGAUGCAGAGAAUAAAAUUUUCUGGAUUAACGAAAUGCAAGAAUUAGUAACAGCUGACUCCGAAGCACACAAUAUUACAAAGAUACUCACGUUGAAUAGUACGGCACUGAGUUUAUGUGCAGAUUGGAUAUCUAGAAAUCUAUUCUGGACCGAAUCAAAUUACGAAGAAUCUGGACUGAGCCAUAUUGUAAAAUUGGAUGUUACAGUGUGGGAAGCUGGUUUGUAUAAGUACUCCAGAAUUCUGUCGAGAACUAGGAGAAUUGUCAAUCUGGAUAUUGCACCAUUAACCGGAAAUCUCUUUUGGAUCGAGUUAAUAAGUACGAGUAAUCUCGGCUACGUAAUGCAGUCAGAUCUAUCGGGUAACAACGUACAACCAUUCUUCAAUCACACCGAAGACUGUACAUGCCCUUUUCGACCAACGAUCCAACCAGUUUUCACGAUUGACAAUACCGACCCUAUCAACCCAGUAAUUUACUGGAUAUCAGCAGAAGGUGAACUCUACAUCGCCGACAUGGAAGGUUGUGUAUGUAAUCUCGUUCUGGAAGGUGGAGAAAAUCACGGUUUACCACCUGCUUCGCUUACCAUGGACAAGUGUAACAUCUAUUGGUCGAAUCUGGAAACUGGGAAAAUUUACUUCACGGAUAAGACGAAGCUGGCAUCUGGUGAAGCUGUGAUCAAGGAAUAUCCUGUGCACAGUGCUCGAAGUAUCAGAGCAAUUGGAAAAUCUUUACAACCUUAUCCUGAUUCAGACUGUCUGGUCCCUCAACGUACGGCUUAUACCGUACAAUUGGUUUCGAAAACGUCUACAAGUAUAUCUGUGAAGUUACCAGAACCAACGCCUUAUCUAGGUUGUGAAAAAUAUGGACUGCCAGCGACACUUUAUACUAUCGAUGUGGCUGAUGCGCAUGAACGAAGACUUCGAUUUCAUACCUAUUGGCGUGACUUUAGAGUUAAGGAUCUUGAACCAUUUACUGAAUAUCGAUUCAGAUUAAGUCUAGCAAAUUAUUAUAGUGAUCAGGAGUUUGAUGACAAUCCCGAGGUUACAAUUAGAACGGGUGCUGGAGUACCAUCGAAACCACAAAACGUUAAAGUUCAAGCGCUCACACCGACUUUAGCAAUGGUUAGUUGGGAAUCACCAGCUAUUUGGAAUGCUGAAUUUCUCAGAUACAAAGUCGUAUGGGUCGAAGACGAAAAAGACGUUGAUCUAUACGAAGUUACAACGCUGUUGAGUGAUAUGGUACCGGGAAAAGAAUACGCGAUACACGUUAGAGCCUAUCCAGAGAAUCUAACAAAUUCCUAUUCACAAAGUGAAAAACACUUAUUGAGAAUGUACUCUGAGCCAGAUAAUGUGACACUCACUGGUGUCAAUGCGCAAGCAAUGAAUUUGUCUUGGUUAUGGGUAGAAGAAAAUAUUGUGAACUGUACUUUAGAGUUUACUAUUAGUAGAUUUAAUCAAUGGCAGGCUGUUACCAAAUAUAUUAAGUUAAAAAAUAGACUGAUGUUUUUCGUUGAUAAUUUAGAACCAAAGGAGUCAUAUAAGUUCAGAUUAGUUUUGAAAUAUAAAAACCACACGGAAGACUUUUACUGGCCAGAAGAUGGGUCAUUUAUUUUCGAAACGCUGGAGGAUCUCCCUACAAUUCCAGGACCGCCAACACUCAUUACUUUACCAAACUCAAAUUACCAAUUAUUAUGGAGAGACUCGACAAGUCUUCAUCCCGAAACAAUCAUGUAUUUUCUAGAAGGAACAAUUAUAAAUUCUUCAUACGAAAACUUGAGUGUUAAGUGGUUUAGUCUCUACAAUGGCAGCGACACAUUCUGGAACAUACCACAGCAGAUGCAAGACAAAUAUCAAUUCAGAGUACGCGCAAGAAACGAACGUGACUUUGGUAAUUGGAGCGAGAGUAGUAGUAUUAUUGACCUAACAGAAAUGACAAGAGCCAUGAUUAUGGCUCAAGAACAUUUAGGACUUAUUUUGGGCCUUAGUGUACCGGCAAUAGCGAUAACGUUACUUUGCUUUUGUUACUGCCUUUGUCCACUGCAGAAAAAGACGAAGGAGGAGCAAAAAAAGGUACCAUUGAAGACGAAGCCAAAUGUUGAAUUGGCUACACUUAGAGAGAUUCCAAGAGGGAACUUUGUCGAAACUAACGCACUUUAUGUGGCUGCAAUAGAAUCGGAUUCGGAUGAUUCUUUAUUACCGAAAAUUCAGAGGGAACAAAUUUCAUUGAACAAGUUUUUAGGUAGCGGAGCUUUUGGAGAAGUAUUCCAAGGCAUAGCGAAAGAUCUCGACGUACCGGGUUCUCGCACACCAAUAGCUAUUAAAACGCUUCGCAAGGGUGCUUCAGCACAGGAAAAAAGUGAGUUUUUGCAAGAGGCCAAGCUUAUGAGCCACUUUCAGCAUAAGCACGUAUUGAGGCUGCUUGGUGUUUGCCUCGACUCGGACACCCCCUUAUUAUUACUUGAACUUAUGGCUGGUGGUGAUUUGUUGAGUUAUCUUAGAACGAGCAGGUCACUAAAGCCAUCGGAUCCGUCAGCUCUACGACUUCAAGAUCUAUUGUCGAUGUGCGAGGAUGUGGCAAGAGGCUGUCGUUACUUAGAAGAAUUACACUUCGUACACCGCGACUUAGCUUGCCGCAACUGUCUCGUUUCAGCGCGCGAACGUGAACAACGAGUUGUCAAAAUUGGUGACUUUGGUCUCGCACGGGAUAUUUACAAAAAUGACUACUACCGCAAGGAAGGUGAAGGUUUACUGCCAGUACGUUGGAUGGCCCCGGAGUCACUGGUCGACGGCGUAUUCACAUCGCAGAGUGACGUAUGGGCAUUCGGCGUACUAAUGUGGGAGAUUACAAGCCUCGGUCAGCAGCCUUACCAAGCCCGUACGAAUUUCGAGGUGUUGCAUCACGUCAGAGCCGGUGGCCGACUACCAAAACCUCUCAACUGCCCCACCAGACUUCAUCAGCUAAUGCUCAAAUGUUGGAGUGCUCCUGAUGCGAGACCCAGCUUCAAGGUCUGUCUGGACCACAUCGUUGUACUGAGGAACAAUACCGAAGACUGCACACUUAGUCCAGUCAAUCCAGGACACUUUCUUGUUCAUGGAAAUUCCUACAAGUCCACGCACUUCAGAGACAAUUUAAGCAUUCAUUCGUUGCUACAAGACUCGGAUAAUUCAAAACCUGCUCUAACUCCAAAAUAUUCCUCUUGGCACGUGUCUUCAUCCCAUGAGUCAAAAGAUCCACGUGCCGCUUACGAGGUACCGAAAUCCAUUCCUGUCGUAGUGGAACCCGGGAGCACAAAUUCGGAUGAUCACCAACCGAGGUAUAUCGAAGUGUGCAGUGUCGAGGAUACUGGAAAUCGAACAACCUCGGUUACCAGUCUCAACCUUCCGAUAAAUAAGACAUUAAACAGUCCUCAACAGGACAAGCGUUCGUCAUCGGCGAGUCUUGGCGAAAAGUUCCGAUCGCCAAACUCGACAGAGAUGAAGCAAUCAGGCUCGUACGCUCGACUUGUCGGUAACGGCGAGUCAGUAAACUCACUCAGCGACUGGAGGAGAGUGAAGAACGAAACAUCAACGGCGUCCGCACCAAAGUUACACAGAAGCAAGAGUAGUUUACAAAAUAGUCGAGCGAACAUUCCGCUAGUAAUUAACAGUGCCUUGUUGAAUAUGUUGAGGCAAGAGUCCGGCAUCGGUGCUGAAGAUGACGACGAUGAAGAUGAAAAGAACCUACCCGAAGAUGGAGUCAAUGUCAAUUACGCUAAUAUUCGGAAAAAGGACAUCGAUGUGACAGAUCUAUGACU